UAUUAACCUAAAAACCAGAAAGAAAAAAAAAAGAAAAAGGAAAAAAUUGAAAAACCGCAAUGGCGAAAUCUCUCUUCGUCUGCUUCUCUCUCCUCCUCCUCCUCCCCCUCACCUCCCAAACCACUGACCCGAACACCCCGAACCGGAACUCAAUUUCAAGCCCAUCUCUGGCUCACACCGAGCUCACCAACUACGGCUUCCCAAUCGGUCUCCUCCCCACCGCCGUCAAGAACUACACCAUCAACCGCACCACCGGCGACUUCAUCGUUGACCUCGGCGGCGCGUGCAAGGUAACCCUCCCACCCGACAAUUACCUGGCUACCUACUCGAAGAAAAUCACAGGAAAGAUCGUCGAGGGAAAAAUCGCCGAGAUCAACGGCAUCAGCGUCCGGGCCUUCUUCCAGUGGUGGUCGAUCACCGGAAUCCGGUCCAGCGGCGACAACUUGGUGUUCGAGGUCGGCAUGGUCUCCGCCAAGUACCCCUCUAAGAACUUCGACGAGAGCCCUGCUUGCGAGGGCCGGCAUUCCUCUUCUUAGCAGGGUCUCUAGUUGCGAUGCCUCUCAUAUGCGACGACGCCCGGUUGCCGACUCGAAGACCGAUGCUACUUAAGCAAAUCAAAUUAGGUAUUAAGACAUUUGUUUGAACCGAACAAUGAAAAGAGCAAUAAGUGAUCCUUCUGUCUUGUAUACAAGUAUUAUAUGCCACGGCCUGCAGUGUUGUUACUUUCUUUCCGUUUGAUUAAGAAUUGUAAGAUGGUUAGAAAUAUUAAUACAUUUACCUUUAACA